AUGUUCCUCCUUCAUGGAGAGGUCCGUGUGUAUGAGCAGGAGGUGAUCGUGGUGCCCACCCUCCUGCUGGCCAGCUUCUUGAUCACUCUGGUCUUCAUUCUGCUGCUGCGCUACUGCCCAGAGAAGGUCGACCGAAUCCGUCCACGGAAAACAGUGACCACCAGGAGGAUCCUGCAAGGCAUUGAUGCUCCACCUGGUCUCAAUGUACUUGAGCAUGAAAGCAUCGCCUUGGAUAUGCCCACUUCCUAUUCCACCUUUCAGCCCCCGAAAACAUACCAAUCUCAAACCCUGUCCACUAGUGUGAGCACGACCGCUCUGCAACCCAGCCCCCCACCGAAUCCCAUCAAGACCAGUUUCACUCCCAUCGUUCAGACCAGAGAGUUGCCCCGUCAGAGGCUGCCAGAGUCCUUUAACCUGGUCACCCCUCUGCAGGGUUCCUUCUCCCUGCACACCGACGCCUCCGUGUCUCUCUACAGGGCAAGCAUGGACAACAGGAAUGUGGUUCUCCGGGUCCUCAAUGAUUCAGCCGAUGCCACAGAGAAACACAACUUCCUGGGCUUUGCAUCUUUCCUCGCACAGCUGGGACCACAUCCAUUCCUGCCAGAGUUGCUUGGUGUGGUCUCAAUUCGAGCUCCCCUUGUCAUGGUUGUGGAGGAGCUCGAGAACAGGGACCUGCUCAGCUACUUGUGGCAAUGCAGCCAGGAAAAUGUUGAUCCUCCAUGUGAAAUGACUGAGAGGAGAAUAUUCACUAUGGCCUGUCAAGUUGCUUCUGCUCUGGAGUUCCUCCACAACAAAGAUCUCCUCCAUGGAAACAUCCGGGCCCGCAGCGUGCUGGUAACAAAGCAGCUCACAGCCAAGCUCUGGGGCCUGCAUGGAGUUUACACACGGAAGACCAAGAAAGCCAUUCAGAGAGACGAUCCCAGCAUGAAGAAGUGGCAGGCACCGGAGCUACUAGCCAGGAAGGCAGCAACUAAGAGCAGUGACAUUUGGUCGUUUGGGAUCUUGCUGUUUGAAAUGACAUCAUUAGGGAAAGCUCCGUUUGCAGAAAUCUCAAUUAACGAGCUUCUGCAGUUUCAUCAGAGAGGAAAAACCCUGAAAAAACCCUCCAACUGUUCCAACUCACUAUACACCCUCAUUAAAAGCUGCUGCCAGUGGAAAGAGCAGGAUCGUCCCUCGCUGGCUGAAGUGAGCCGAAAACUUGUUUCAGGAGAAAACAGCGCCUCGGAUAAAGUCUUCAAAGCUUCUGGAGCUGUUAACCUGGAAGAGUACCUGCAGGAGGCCGGAUACGGAGAAACCAACAACUACACCGUUUUCUGAUCACUUACGGGGAAGUGCCAAAGAAGAAAAACAUAUGUAUUUGCACUACUAUCUCCAAGCUUUUGGAAGACUCUUACAAGUGACUUUAAGAUACUGAAAUGUUACAAACUCUAUUUGAGCACUUUCGGCAUUAAAAUGGUGUCUUUAUUAAGUUAUUAUGCUUAGGAGUAACACUGCAAAAACAGGGAACUCCACAGUACGCUAACUUUGGGCGAAAUCGUUGGUAAGAUCUAAUUCUUUCGUUUCUUUCUCAGGUAUGAAACUUUGCAAGGGUUCACAUUAGACAACAGAACAAGUGGUUUUGUCGUAUGAGACAGAAAUAUUGUAAGCCAGACCUAUGUGCGUCUUUCUGAACCUGUAGAUGAUGCUAUUCAAAUCUAACAGUUUAAAUAAACAUUUUGUGAAACGGG